AUGGACGGGGCCACAUUUGAUGAGUUGGUACUUCAGUGGGUAGAAAAUCUUCAGGGCAUCUCACGCGAAGAACGUUGCCGUGUGCUUGAACGCACAUGCGACUCUCUGCAGUCGCAGAACAGUGAAAGUCUGCUCGUACUGAAGGCCCGCGAUUUGCUCCACACUGUGCGGGCGGCCACAGAUGUGAAGGUACUUCGUCAGGUUGCGGCGCUACUUGCCAAGGAAGACGCCGCGACAAUUAUAGAGAAACAUUUGGCGCCGUAUUGCACGCUGACGCUUCGUCAUGGACAAGGCACACUUCUGCGUAUUACAGCGGCACCCAAUGUGGCCGUUAACUUGGCGGCGCAGAAUGCAUCCGCGAUAAAAGAGUGGAAAUAUGCAGGCGAACCUCAAACGUGGUGUGCCGCUCGUAGUCCUUGUAGCGUGGGAGUGCGUACGGUGUUCACAGACGAUAAAGAAGAUGUGGUAGUCUCUUUUCACGACGAAAUCGUCUUCGACGCGUGUGAUCACGUUUACGAGAUUGAACGAACCUUUUUGAUAAGUGCUUCCUCUAACGUGGACACUGUGUUGACUGCACUUCAGCUGGUCAACCCUUCUUCUAUUUGA